CCUCUCCAAAUGGCAACGCGAAGAACCCUCUGAUCGCAGGAGCUCAGUCGUGUCCUGCAGCGCUUGGAAAGACCAGAGCUGAGGAAGCAGAUGGCCUUUCCCCUACGAAACAGAGCUGAAAUCUUUGCUGAAAAGUUGGUGACUCCGUUUGCUGGCUGUCAUACAUGGUAGUUGUAAUGCUGAGGAUCCUGGGGGAGUCACGCAACUCUUCUUUGUGAGGACUGGAGAAGACAAGAGACAGUAUUAUCUGAAUUAUGCUUCUGCAACAGACCUGGGUUUCUCCUCACUGGGCAUGGCAAAGCCUGGGGAAGUCCUUCCUUGUAUUUGUAUUCUUACUGUUACAAGCAGCUGAUCUAGAAGCCAGGAAAGAUCAUCGGUUUAUCUGGAAAACAGGUGCCUGGGGCCGGUGCGUGGGCGACUGCGGCCCCGGCGGCGUUCGGAGUCGGGCCGUGUGGUGCGUCCACGCCGAAGGCUGGGCAACGCACCACGCGAGCUGCCAGCCCGCGGACAGACCCGAGAGCCAGCGGAGGUGUUUCAGAGCGUGCGACUGGCACGCGGAGCUGUUCGCCUGGGAGGUGUCCGAGUGGAGCGCCUGCGCGCUCGUCCCCCCGGCGCGGGGCCAAGCCGGGGCCCGGCCCGCGCCUUGCGUCACCGCCCAGCACGGGCUGCAGCGCAGGAGCGUCCGCUGCGCGCAGAAGCCGAACAGGACGCUCGUCGCCAACGAGAUCUGCGAGCACUUCGCGCCGCAGCCGCCGGCAGAGCAAGCCUGCCUGGUCCCGUGUCCCCGGGACUGCGUCGUGUCCAAGUUCUCCGGGUGGUCCGAGUGCGGCGCCCGCUGCGCCAGGAGCCUGCAGCACAGGACUCGCGCCGUCAUCGCCCCUCCCCUCUAUGGGGGCUCGCCGUGCCCCAAUCUCACCGAGUCGAGGACCUGCGCCCCCGCCGCGUGUGCCCUGGGGGAGGAGGACUACACCUACAGCCUCAGAGUCGGCUCCUGGGGCCGAUGCAGGCCGCCUCACCGCGGGGAGGUCGGCCUCGGUGGAAGCACCAUGCCGGACUUCGGGUCGGAGCCCGGGGAGCGGAGCGCGCUCGGACUGCAAGGGCACAAAGCGCAUCUCCCUCCCAGCGCGGGGGACGUGGAGAUCGGGCACCAGGCCAGGCAGGUCCGGUGCAUAAGGAGCGAUGGGAAGAACGCUGCGUUGAGCCUUUGCGUGCAAGAAGCCAUCCCUGUGACCUUGCGGUCGUGUGUCGUUGCGAAGGACUGCGAGACGUCGGCGUGGUCCGCGUGGAGCGCCUGCUCGAGGACCUGUCGCGCCGGAGACCUCUCCCCGGGUUUCCGGAGCAGGCGCCGCAGCGUGAAGAGCAUCGCCCUGGGGGCCGGCAAGGGCUGCCCCGAGCUGGAGGAGAAGGAAGCGUGCAGCGCAGGAGAGCAGCCGCAGCCUUGCCCCAGGUUUUCAUGGAGGACUUCGGAAUGGAGAACUUGCCAAGUGUCUCCCCUCCUUGACCAGCAGGACCCUCGACACCGCAAGCACGUAGCCCUCUGCGGAGGCGGCAUACAGAUGCGGGAGGUAUACUGUGUCCAGAUCGCCUUGGAAUUUGGGAUGCACAAGCUGAAGGAAGUUACUAGACCUGUUGAUGGGAAGCUGUGCCUGGGCCCUGUCCCUGCUGCCUCCCAGCUGUGCAGCGUCCCGUGUCCCUCCGAGUGCGCUGUGUCCUCCUGGUCGGCGUGGGGCCCCUGCGCUCCUGAAAACUGCCAGGAUCGCCAGGGAAGACGAGGCUUUAGAAUGAGACAUAGGCAUGUGAUCGCAGAUCCUGUGGGCACUCUGGCAGGUUGUCCACAUUUAACUGAAUCUAUUCCUUGUGAAGACCCAGUAUGCUAUGAGUGGAUCAUUUCGGAAGGAAUAUGUGUGACGGACCAUGGAAAAUGUGGGCUUGGAAACCGCAUCCUGAAAGCUGUAUGCAAGAACAAUAGAGGUGAAGAAGUACCACAAAACCUUUGCUCAGAGCUUCUCCGUCCUGAAAUGGUGGCUUGCGAAGUACCUUGUGCUGCAGAUUGUGUCGUCAGCGAAUGGUCGCAGUGGUCUCCGUGUUCCCAUUCCUGUUCCAGUAAAAAUGCUGAGGGGAAUCAGAGCAGAAGUAGGUCUAUCUUGGCCCUUCCCGCAGAGGGUGGAAAAGCCUGUCCCCCUGCCCGAGCCCUGCAGGAGCACCGUUCCUGCAACGAGCACCCGUGCGUGCCCGUCUUCUGGGAAACGUCUCCGUGGAGCGCCUGCUCCGAGGGGGCCCUGGGCUCCGCGCUCAACGCCACCGUGGCCUGGAGCCGCGAAGCCGCCUGCGGGGUUGGCCUUCAGACCAGGAGGGUCUUCUGCAUCAGGAGCGGGUCCGGCCAGGUUACAGCCAAAAGAUGUCCAGAUUCCAUUAGACCUGAAACGGUGCGACCGUGUCUUCUGCUCUGCAAGAAGGAUUGUGUUGUUACGCCUUUCAGUGAGUGGACUCGCUGCCCAACAACAUGUCAACCUGGCAAUGCCACAGCAAUAAAGCAGUCUCGAUACAGGAUAAUAGUUCAGAGCGCUGCCAACGGGGGACAAGCCUGCCCGGACACCUUGUAUGAAGAGAGGGAAUGUGAAGAUAUUCCCGUCUGUCCAGUGUAUAGGUGGAAGACCCAUCGAUGGAGUCACUGUGUGUUGGUGCCGGAUUCAGUGAGACAGAGUAUACUGGGACAUAAUGAGGCCUGUGGACACGGUUUACAAUCAAGAGCUGUUACAUGCCUCUCGGAGAAUAACGACUCUGCAGAUGUCACUGAAUGCAUGAAGUGGACAGGACCUAUGCCUUCUCUUGUGCAAGACUGUCUCGUUCCCUGCACAGAUGACUGCACAUUUACCCCUUGGUCUAAAUUUACAGCAUGCUCUUUUGACUGUGAAUCCAUGAAAAGCAGAAGACGGUCACUCACAGGGAGAAGCAGAAAGCGAGACAAAUGCCAGAAUACAGAAGUUUAUCCUCAAGUUGAAACCGAGCUGUGCCCCUGUGAGAUGUUUACCUCCCAGCCCCACGGAAAUUGGUCAGAUUGCAUUAUUGAAGGAGGUAAACCAGAGCUGCAAUUAGGAAUGAGACUUCAUGGAGACACUAAGGAAUGUGGAGAAGGUGUUCGACUCCGAGCUAUUGCCUGUUAUGAUAAGACUGGCAGACUUGUGGAACCAUCCUACUGUAGCAGUUCUGGUUACAUUGAAGAACCUUGCACGGUUCCUUGUCCAUUUGAUUGCAAGUUGAGUGACUGGUCUAGCUGGGCCCCGUGCAGCUCGUCCUGUGGGAUGGGAGUGAGAACCCGCUCCAGGUGGCUCAAAGAGAAGCCCUACAAUGGAGGUCGUCCCUGCCCAAAACUGGACCUCAAGAAUCAGGUGCAUGAGGCAGUCCCAUGUUACAGCGAGUGCAAUCAGUAUGCUUGGGUAGUAGAAGCGUGGUCUCCGUGCAAAAUCAACAGCGAACAAAAUUCCCUCCACUGUGGAGAAGGAAUACAAACGAGAAAAGUCAGGUGUGUAAACACCGCCGAGGAACAUGAAGGCGAGACCGUACCCAAUGAUCUGUGUAACCAGUCUGAAAUCCCAGAAGAAAUUCAGAAGUGUAGCUUGUAUUGCCCCAGCGAGUGUGCAGUGUCUGACUGGGGACAGUGGAGCAAGUGCCCACAGGUGUGCGACCCGAGCGUCGUGCAGGUGCGGACGCGACAAGUGCUGCGGUCUUCGGUCGCCGCGAAGCCCUGCCCCGAGGGUUCACAGAUGAAGCCGUGUAUUCUGAACCAAAACUGCUUCCAGUAUCAGUACAGCCUAACAGGCUGGAGCACGUGCCAGCUCAGCGCCAACGCGACUUGCGGACAAGGAGUUCGGAGGCGCCUCGUGGGCUGCGUGCGCAGUGACGGCAGACCGGUGCCUACGCGCCGCUGCGAGCAGCUCAGCUUGGAAAAGCCGGCGGCGAUGAGCGCCGCGUGCCUCGUGGGGUGCGUCGUGGACUGCCGGCUCUCGCCGUGGUCGCCCUGGUCGGAGUGCUCGCACACCUGCGGCGCCGGCGGCCAGGCGGUCCGUUCACGCUCCGUCGUGCUACAGGCGCAGGGCGGAGGAAGGCCGUGCCCUGCCCAGCUCUCCCAGUACAGGCACUGUCCCGUCAAGCCGUGCUACCACUGGGCUCUGGGAGAGUGGUCUCCGUGCCGGCUGGAGGGUGGACAGUGCGGAGAUGGCUUCCAAAUCCGCAACCUCACAUGCGUAGUGCAUGAUGCUUCUGUUUCUGCUACCUCCAAACCAGUGGAAAAUGCUCUAUGUGGUGAGCUACCAUCAAAAGAGAGUGUGCUGCAGUUACCCUGUUCUGUGCCUUGCCCAGGUGAUUGCCACCUGACAGAGUGGUCGGAGUGGAGCUCAUGUGAGCUCACGUGCAUUGGUGGCAGGAGCUUUGAGACAACAGGUCGCCAGUCUCGUUCAAGGGCGUUUAUAGUUCAGGCUUUUGAGAACCAAGAGAGCUGUCCUGGACAAGUCGUGGAAACGCGGCCUUGCUCAGGAGGGAAGUGUUACAGCUAUCUGUGGAAAACCAGCCUUUGGCGAGAAUAUGAACGUACAGUGUGGUGUCAGCGCUCAGAUGGGAUAAACGUCACAGGAGGGUGUUCUCAUCAGACCAAACCGGCUGAAAUUCAGCACUGCAGUCCAGCAUGCAGGAAACCAUUCUCCUAUUGCACACAGAGAGGCGUCUGCGGAUGUGAGCGAGGAUAUACAGAAAUAAUGAGAUCAAAUGGUCUCCUGGAUUACUGCAUGAAGGUACCAGGUUUAGAAGAUAAGAAAGCUGAUGUUAAGACCGUUGCUGGAAAAAAUAAACCUGUCAACUCAAAAAUUCAUGACAUUUUCAAAGGAUGGUCUAUUCAACCUUUUAAUCCAGAUGGUAGACUGAAGAUCUGGGUAUAUGGAGUAUCAGCUGGUGGGUUCCUCAUCAUCAUUUUCAUGAUUUUUACAUCCUACCUUAUGUGCAAAAAACCAAAACAACAUCAAAGCCCUCCUCCGCAACAGAAGCCUCUCACCUUAGCCUACGAUGGCGACGUUGACAUGUAACAGGAAAAAAGAAGUCCAAAUGUAGACAUCUACUGCCUUAACUGCUUUCUUUUUUGUAAGUCUCAGACUUCUCAGUUUUUUGAGGAAUCUGCUGAUGUGUGAUAUACUGGGCAGAACAGAAAGAUUGCAAGCUUAGACCUUUGCCACCUCUUUAUUAAAAAAAAUAAAAUAAAAUAAAGAGUCAAGGACUUGGAUCCUGUGAAACUUUUCUGAAGAGACCGGAGAACACAUCUCUUCCUGUUGAGCAAUGGGAAUAAAAAAAUUAAGAGAAUCUACAGACAUCAAAAGACAUUACUAAGAAAAAUAUUAAAAAAAGGCAUGACAAUCCUGAGGAAAAUGUGACAUUUACUGUAAAUGACAAGUUUGACAAAGCAUCAUUAUGCACUAUAUUAGUGCAGGGCUCUUUAUUCUCCACAUAUUUCAACAAUGAGUUUUCUAGUGUUUACAUUUCGUUCAAAAGACUGUAAAACUGGAUCAUGCAUUCUGAGAAACGCAGAGAAGAAUGAGUUGAAGUGUCUGAAAUUAUCUGUUUUUUUUUUCAAGUUUAUUGCUUCUUAUCCUGUUUUCUAGUCUGGAAUAUGAUUUUGCUUCAUUUCCACCUAUAGGACAGAAUAAGGAUUGUUACGAAAAAGCAUAGGUGGUUUCUUAACCGAAAAUAUUUUUUAAAGAGUUGAGUAGAUAGGUGUUUUGAUGAAUGGCUAGAGGACUUGAUUGUUUAAAAAGUAUUUUAAAUUAAAUUAAACCAUGUAGAUACAUUAUGGCCAGUUUAAAUUGUUAUUCAGUUUAAUUAAUACAAAGUCUGCUUUUGUAUUUAAAUUUUCUUAUCUGAAAUAUUUAUAAAUUCUUUUUUCAAAUUUAAUUACCUGACCUCAUUUAAUACACAUCUAACACAAAUACUGUUUGUAGAAGGUCUUGCUUUUUUAAAUGUUUCAAAACCACUGAAAAGUGACAUAUUAUAAACAUCUGGGAACAUUUGAAGAGGAUAAAUGUUUAUAAUAGUAUGUGUUGCAAGUAAGAAAGUGCCAUCUUGUGGUAUUGGCUUGUAUUUAUAAGCAAAUAAAAUGCUAAGGAGAGUGAGAA